AUGCAGGAGGUCGGAGUGGAGGAGGCGGCCCGGGAGCUGCAGUGCUCUCGCGGCACCACCCACGGGUGGUGGCAACAGGCUGACAAGCUGCUCAGCUUCACAGGCCACGCCACCUCCAAGACGAUGAAGGGACAGGGACGUAAGGAAUUAUUUCCUGACGUCGCUGCCAUCGUCACCUUCAUGAAGGACGGGCGUCGUGCUUAG